AUGUCAGAGAUUUGGGAUGUGCCACCGACAGGUUCAAAGAUUAAUCUUACAACUCUAAGAAGAUGCUGUAAGGCUGGGAGGUUUUUGGCCCUUGGACAAAACUGUACACGCGACCCUCCCGUCUUCAUCUCCUCCUCCGUUUACUGCGGUUUAACCCAAGAGAGGUGCUGCUCAGCAGCAGAAUUGGACCGAUUCUGUGAGAAUGGCAUCGACGUGGCCGAGGACAACGGGGUCUGCGACGAACUCUCAUUCCCAGAAGACCCUCCGCAAGGCGUCCUGUCUAAGUUAUGCUGUGACUGCUGUAAGUUAGGCCUGACCCAAGUUCCCACAUGCAGAUUCACUCGUUUAUUGCUGGGGGAUCUGUGUUUGGAUGCAGCUAAAGGCUGCUGUGAGAGACAGGCAACAGUGAUCGAACAGACUACACAUGCACCAGUGACAGAAAGCCCUCAGGUCAGCAGCACCACCGAGUCUCAUGACCCCUGUAGAGACUUAAACUGCUCCCAGUUGUGUGAAGGUAACGGUACGUGUGCGUGCUUUGCUGGUUAUAAACUUCAAGACGAUGGAGUGAGUUGUCAAGCUCCAGUGACAGAAAGCCCUCAGGUCAGCAGCACCACCGAGUCUCAUGACCCCUGUAGAGACUUAAACUGCUCCCAGUUGUGUGAAGGUAACGGUACGUGUGCGUGCUUUGCUGGUUAUAAACUUCAAGACGAUGGAGUGAGUUGUCAAGAUAUCAAUGAGUGCGCUUGGCAUAACAGAGGUCAUCAGUGUUCCUACAGUUGCGCCAACGUCCCAGGCAGUUUCCACUGUACCUGCCCAUCCACAGGCUACACACUGGCACCAAAUGAACGCACGUGCCAAGACAUUGAUGAAUGUGCACUAGGGACACAUACCUGUCCUUUCCAUGGAAGCUGCUUCAACAUCCUGGGAGGAUUCCGGUGUCUGUCCUUGGCAUGUCCUCAAUACUUCCAGCUAGCAGGGCACGGAAAAGAUACUUCAGCCAGUUGGAAUUGUUACAAGUCCUGUCAUCCUCAGGACUUCCACUGCUAUAACUAUCGCAUAGACAUGAUAAACUACAUCUCCCUCUCUUUGGAAACCUUCCACGCAAUCAGGGACCCAAAAGAAAUCCUUUUCUUGCAGUCAAAUGUAGCGGCUAGUUAUCCUCAUGUAUACGGUGCAACCGAUGUUUCCUUCAAAAUGCUGGUUGCAGAUGACCAGUCCUCUUUUGAUGUGAUAAAGCGUUCCCACGGGGGCAUGUUUGUUGGUGUGGUUCGUCAGGUGAAAUCUAUCCGUGGUCCCAGGGACCUCGUGUUGCAGGUGGCUAUGGAUUAUGUCAAGUCAGGGAUUGUUUCCCAUCGCAAAAUUGCCAUCAUUUAUGUCUUCAUCUCGGAGUCCUUGUCCUGAUCAAAGCAAUUUAGAGAUACUACAUCAGUUAUAUUCCAGUUCAUUGGAUGGUUGUUAACGGUGGACUGACCAACCGACAUUGCAGGAAUUUGUAGUUAUAGAAGGAUCGGGUGCUUUUACCUCCUUAACCACUGUAAGAAUUUAACUUGAAUUCAGAUUUAGUUGUCAUUAUGGUAGACCACUGGCUUCCCUGAGUAACUUUAAUAUUUGAUCAAUUUCAUCUACAUUGAAAGACCACAUGUAACAUGCUUCAAUGGAUAAUAAAGGACUUAAUCUAUGGA